UGGGUAGUCGAAGCUCGUGUCGCUGUCAGUGCGCAGGAGUCCCCCGGUUGUGUCUGCCUGGCUUUUGUUGGGUGCCGCCGCUCAUGAUUUGGAGCUUUUACAGAAAUUGAUGAAUAUCCCCUGCAUGCUUAUCGCAUGGAUUGAAAGUCACGAUCCUGAUGUGAAAAAGGGGAAGAUCCAGAACAGAGCCGCUUUCUUGAAUCCCGAGAACCCGACGACUCCCGAUAACACCCAUUUCAAGUAUCACCGAAAAACUGUCAGAAGACUUGAGCCAUGCCCUGCGUUCAGGCUCAGUAUGGAUCAUCACCCCAAGGAGCUAGUCCUGCUUCCCAGAGCUACAGCUACCACACCGCCGGAGAAUACAGCUGCGACUUCUUAACACCCGAGUUUGUUAAGUUUAGCAUGGACUUGACCAACACUGAGAUCACAGCCACCACUUCGCUCCCGAGUUUCAGCACAUUCAUGGACAACUACAACACCAGCUACGACGUCAAACCGCCGUGUCUGUAUCAGAUGCCCCACUCCGAGCAGUCCUCCAUCAAGGUGGAGGACGUCCAGAUGCACAACUACCAUCAGCAGAGCCACCUGCCGCCUCAGUCGGAGGACAUGAUGGCGCACUCGGGGCCUAUGUACUUCAAACCCUCCUCGCCCCACGCCCCGAGCACACCCAACUUCCAGGUCCAGCCCAAUCACAUGUGGGAGGACCCGGGCUCCCUGCACAGUUUCCACCAGAACUACGUGGCGGCCACGUCCCACAUGAUGGAGCAGCGCAAGAACCCGGUGUCGAGGCUCUCGCUCUUCUCCUUCAAGCAGUCCCCGCCCGGCACCCCCGUGUCCAGCUGUCAGAUGCGCUUCGACGGGCCGCUGCACGUCUCCAUGAACCACGACAACCCGGGCGUGCACCGCGGCCUUGACGGCCAGGGCUUCGGGGUGCCCGGCGCCAUCCGGAAGCAGGCCGGCUUGGCCUUUCCUCACUCCCUGCAGCUCGGCCACGGGCACCAGCUGGUGGACAGCCAAGUGCCGUCGCCCCCGUCCCGAGGAUCUCCGUCAAACGAGGGUCUGUGUGCGGUGUGUGGGGACAACGCAGCCUGCCAGCAUUAUGGAGUGAGAACCUGCGAGGGCUGCAAAGGAUUUUUCAAGCGCACCGUUCAGAAAAAUGCAAAAUACGUUUGUUUAGCAAAUAAAAACUGUCCUGUUGACAAACGCCGAAGAAAUCGUUGCCAGUUUUGCCGUUUCCAGAAGUGCAUGGUCGUCGGAAUGGUGAGAGAAGUUGUCCGAACUGAUAACCUGAAAGGUCGGAGAGGACGCCUACCAUCCAAACCCAAAAGUCCACAGGACCCCUCCCCACCCUCGCCGCCGGUGAGCCUCAUAAGCGCACUUGUUAGGACCCAUGUGGACUCCAACCCCUCCAUGUCAGCUUUGGACUAUUCCAGAUUCCAGGCAAACCCUGACUACCAAAUGACUGGAGACACCACUCAGCACAUCCAGCAGUUCUAUGAUCUCCUGACGGGCUCCAUGGAGAUCAUCCGGGGCUGGGCGGAGAAGAUCCCCGGCUUUUCUGAUCUACCGAAGCAAGAUCAAGAUCUCCUCUUUGAAUCCGCCUUCCUUGAACUUUUUGUCCUGAGGCUGGCGUACAGGUCCAACCCAGUAGAAGGCAAACUUAUUUUCUGCAACGGAGUGGUGUUGCACAGGUUACAGUGCGUCCGCGGAUUCGGAGAGUGGGUCGACGCCAUCGUGGACUUUUCUUCCAACUUGCAGAGCAUGAACGUCGACAUCUCAGCUUUCUCCUGCAUCGCAGCGCUCGCCAUGGUAACAGAGCGACACGGACUUAAGGAACCCAAGCGAGUGGAGGAUCUGCAAAACAAGAUAGUCAACUGUCUCAAAGAUCAAGUGACGUUCAAUGGCGGUGGAUUGAAUCGUCCCAACUACUUGUCAAAACUCUUGGGGAAGCUCCCCGAACUGCGCACCCUCUGUACCCAAGGUCUGCAGCGUAUCUUUUACCUUAAGCUCGAAGAUCUAGUCCCUCCGCCGGCAAUAAUUGACAAACUUUUCCUCGACACAUUACCUUUCUGAGUCUGACUCGAUGGCAAGAACUCAAAGAACUUCCAAAAGACUGUUUAAGAGUCAGACGUCUCACACUUUUUUUUUUUUUAACGUUAUCAUUUCUGAAUAAUUGCCAGCUCCGUAGGCUAAUUGAACAAACAGUACGCAUUAUGAGAAUGGAUUCAUGAGAGAGAAAAAAAAAUAACAGAAGGAAGAGAAGGACAGUUUGAUUGCUGCGUAGGCCUUUUUCCUUUUGGUUGCCUAACGAGUGAAACGGAAUUUCACUCCGGUGGACAAACUGUCCGGCUUAACAAUCACUUAAUAUUUAUUUAACAUCGGCUCUACUGAUCAGCAUCAGAUGUAGUUAUACUCCAUUUAUAUAUAUGACCACACCGCGUGCGCACACACAUAUACACCCGAACUGUAUAUUAUGGUAGAUUAUGUGAUGCCUCCAGUGCAUCGGUUUAUAACACGUGUACAAAGUUUGUUAUAAUGAAAAGAUUUAAUUUUCUUUUCUUUUCUGACUCGUGCCUAUGUGUUUCUGAAAGGAUCCCAAAAAGUAUCCAGAAAAGACAACGCAUGUUCUAGUUUUAUUUUCCUUUUCUUUUAUAGGCACUUGCUGAGGUGAUGUCUAUAUAUAAUAUAUACCGGACACUAUGUAGUCUGCUAGAUUUGAUACAGAUUCGUAGUUAUGGCACUCCUUUUAUGUAUGACGCAUAUGUGGAAAAAUAUCUCAUCUGUAUAGAAAAUGAGGGACCCAUGGUGUUUGUAAAACUGUCAGACAUUCCUUGUUUGUAUGUGCUGUAAGUAUUGUUGCUGUUGAAUAUAAACGUUUCUAUAUAUUUAUUAUUUCUAUUGCCAAGAGCUACACUAAGCAUGGUGCAAUUUAAACGAUUUCAAACCACCCAAGUUCAUGCUGAGCACGUUGUCUAUGUUUUAUGUCUUAUAAACGUCUAGGUAGUUAUAAUUUAACACUUUUUGGAAGUGGAAAACUCCCAUAUCAAAAGGGUCAUGUGUGAUAUAGGCCAAGAUAUUUGACAUCAUGAUGUACUUACAACUUCUGUAACGCAUUUGGUGCCGGAUUUUUAAAAAAAAGCCUUUAGAGAGAAAUAAAUAUUUAAUGUUUACAAAUAAAACUUUAAAAUCAAUUCUUUGCUAAAUAAUUUCUAUAAUUAAUUUUUUUAAUCAAGACAUGUCUGGGCGGAUGGAGCUGCUUUAACAGGGAAUUGACGGGUACAAAUUUAUUUCAAUUUCCUUAAGUAUUUUGAUCGGCCCCUACAUAAUAAAUUAAACAUUUGUAAUAACUUUUUAAUUUCAAUAUCUCACCUUGACUAACUGGGACGUUUUGUGCACCUGGAUGGUUGAAAAAGAAAGUUAGUGGAUGUAAAGACUAAGGAUAUUUCACAAAUAAUAUGUAGGCCUACAUUCAUUUUAAAUGAUCUGCUCGGAAAGAAAAUAUAUAUUUUACACCAUUCUUAGCGUUUUAUUUAAGACUUAUCUGAGAGAACAUUUCACUCAUCAAAAAUACACAGAUUUGAAGAAAAAACCUCAAGGUUUUCUUGAUAUUUCUUUUUCUUAAAUUGCAAAACAAUAACGAUUUUUAUUACGUCCUUUCAUUCUGUAAUGUGGGUGUAUUUGACAGUGGAGAAUCUCCAACGGAUUAAAUAUCAGUCUUCAUCAUUUCCUUAUUUAGGGAUUAAACGCCAACGGUCGAGUGAACAAUUUAAAAGAAACAUCGGGUUUCAUGUUUCAUUCUGUUGCUGUAUGGAUGCUUUUUGCUGCUGCCAAAGUUGAUAGAAAUAAAAGUCUGUCGUUGUCUUUCUAAA